CAUCUUCUUUAUUCAUUCCUCUGUCAAUGGACAUUUAUGAAUAGGUUGCUUCCAUGUCCUGGUUAUUGUGAAUAGUGCAGCAAUGACCAUGCAGGAGCACGUAUCCUUUCGAAUUAUGUUUUUAUUCAGAUAUAUACUUAGGAGUAGGAUUGUUGAGUCAUAUGCAGGAAGGAAAGUGUUAAUAGAAGUCAGAAACAGCAAGGGGCCAAGUUAGAUUUUCUUCUCACAAGUUGAGCUUGGACCAAGAGAAAGGAGAGGAGUCAGAAAUACUAAGGCUCUUGACUCAAUCAACUGGACUAAUGGAAUCAGCUUUACUUAAGCCAUGAGGCCUGAGAGGGGUCAGGGCUGGACGUCAGAAUUGAGGUGGAGAGUUUUAAGUUUGACUUAUGACCUAUGAGACACUCAAGCAGGGAUACUGAGCUGGGACUUUGGAUAUACAAGACUGAAGAUCAAAUCCAGAUCUAAUCACUGUGUGGGUGGUAAAAAAAUCAUUAUGAUUAGAUUUUCAUGCCUGGAUAGUAUAUAUAGGAUUGCAGAGCUCUGGAGAUGUCACCUUGCAAGACGCAGUAGGUUCACAGUUGGAGAGAGGAGGAGAGAAGGAGAAGAAGCAAAGAACACUUGGAAGGAGCUGCCACUGACAAAGAAGGAAUCUCAGGAGAGGACUGGGUCCUGGGAGCCCUGAGAAGAAAGCCUUUCAAGGUGGACAGAGCUCCAGAUAUUCCAAGAACUGGAAUAGACUGUGGAUCAACCCAUGACUGAGGAGCUUGUGUGCUCUCUGUGGUCCUUCUGUUCCCCAAAGGCCAUAUCCCUGCAGCUUCGGAACAGUCCAGUGGGGGCCAUGCCUGGCGCUACCAUGGACAUGGACCAGGAUGACUUCGGGAGCCCUGCCGAGUGGGGUGACCAGCAGCCAGAAGAUGGUGUGCUGGGAGAAGAAGAUGCCCAGGUCCAGCAAGAAUGCCUGCAGAAAUUUUCUACCCCAGAUUAUAUCAUGGAGCCCUCUGUCUUCAACACUUUGAUGAGAUAUUUCCAGGCAGGAGGGUCUCCAGAGGAGGUGAUCCACCUCUUAUCAGACAACUACACAGCUGUGGCCCAGACCAUCAACCUGCUGGCCCAGUGGCUCAUUCAGACCGGGGUGGAACCAGUGCAGAUUCAGGAAACAGUGGAAAACCACUUGAAGAACUUAGUGAUGCAACACUUCGACCCCCGCAAAGCAGAUUCUAUCUUUACAAACGAAAGGGCAACCCCCGCCUGGCUGGAACAAAUGAUUGCACAUCCCACCUGGAGGGAUCUUGUUUACCGGCUGACAGAAGUGCACCCAGACUGUCUGAUGCUAAAAUUCACGGUCAAGCUCAUUUCCGAUGCAGGAUACCAAGGUGAGAUCACUGGCGUGGUGGCAGCCUGCCAGCAGCUGGAAGUGUUCUCUAGAGUUCUUGGGAGCUCUCUAGCUACCAUUUUGGAUGGAGGAGAAGCCAACCUUGCAGAAAACCUGCCUCAGUUUGCUAAGAUGGUGUGCCACGGCGAGCAUACGUACCUGCUGGCUCAGGUCCUGAUGGCCGUGCUGGCCCAGGAAGGCCAGCGGGGCGGGGCAGUGCGCAGGGUUGCACAGGAGGUCCAGCGCUUCGCCCAGGAGAGUGGCCACGAUGCCAGUCGCAUCCCGCUUGCCCUGGGCAGAGCUGCCUCCUACCCCCGGCUGUGCCAGGCCCUGGGGGCCAUGCUGUCCAAGGGGGCCCUGAAUCCAGCUGACAUCACCGUCCUCUACAACCUGUUUGUUACCAGCAGGGACCCGCCUCCUGUCGAGCUCAUCCGGGUGCCCGCCUUCCUGGACCUGUUCAUGCAAUCGCUCUUUAAACCUGGGGCCAGGAUCAACCCAGACCACAAGCACAAGUAUAUCCAUCUCUUAGCCUACGCGGCCAGCGUGGUGGAGAUCUGGAAGAAGAACAAACGCCUGAGCAUCAAUCAAGAUGAGCUGAAGGCAACAGCAAAGGCUAUUGAAACUGUUCACAAUUUGUGCUGUGCUGAGAACACAGGGGCAAGCGAGCUCCUGGCCGAGCUGGGCACCCUCUAUAGGUGCAUCAGAUUUCCAGUGGUGGCGGUGGGUGUGCUGACAUGGGUGGACGGGACCGUGUCAAAGCCCAAGUUCUUCCAGCAGCACACGCACCCCACUCCAGUGCCCCUGGCCCUGCUAGACGAGGUCAGCACCUACCAUCCCCUCCUGCACCCCCACGUCUUGCAGCUGCUGAUCAAGCUCUUGGAGACUGAGUACCCCGAGCUAGAUGCCAUGAAGCAGCUCGAGGUGAAGAAGACCCUCCUGAACAGGAUGGUGCACCUGCUGAGUUGCCGCUAUGUGCUCCCCGUGGUCGCCUACAUCCGCAGGUGUCUGGAGAAGCUGGACACCGACCUGUCUCUCAUCCGCUACUUUGUGACCGAGGUGCUGGAUAUGAUCAUCCCUCCCUACACCUCUGACUUUGUGCGGCUUUUCCUGCCCAUCCUGGAAAACAACAGCAUUGCCAGCACCCUGAAAAGGGCGGGUGAACAUGACCCUGUGACGGAGUUCAUAGCUCACUGCCAGUCUAACUUCAUGCUGCUGGACUGAGUCAGAGCAACACCAAACCCACAGCAGAACAUUCAAGCAGACCUACUGUGGAGAAUCCUUUUGCAGAAGCUACUGGUGAAGAGACCCCCAGUCAACACCUUGGAAAUGGGUUCUGAUGGGAGGAGGUGGAGAAUUUCUGUAAAAAAAAAAAAAAAGGAAUGUUAGCAAUCUUAACAAAGUUAACUUAGCUUUUUUCACAAGACCUGAUUGUUUACUUCAUAUUAUUGUAAUUGCUUUAAUUUUCCAAGAACAAAUAAAAGUCUUUCUACAGUUGAAAA